UAAUGUAACAAAUCUGCAGUUACACUAAGACUAAUGAGUCAUUUUUUGAUGUACCCCAAUAUUGGGGAUCCUGCUUUAUCGCUUUUGCAUAUUGUGUUCUCAUUCACAGUUUAACAUAUAUUACUAGCAGAUGAAAGAAUAUAUUGUACAUUAGAAUGGCUUAUAUUUUUUAUUUGUGGUUUGAGUCUAACCUGUUCUACUGUGAACCUGCUCUUAAUAAUUGAAACCCAAUUACAAUUACCAAUGUAUAAUAGACAAAUUUGAAAAUCCUAAAUUUAAAUACAGGUGUAAUCGUUUUUGAGUUUAUUAUUUACAUUAUGUCUGUUGGUGCUUCACAUGGAAGACUUUUAAUCAAAGGUGGUCGGGUGGUGAAUGCUGAUUGUUCUGUGGAUGCUGAUGUCUUUGUAGAGAAUGGAAUUGUAUUAAAGGUUGGAAAGAACCUUGAAGUUCCUGGUGGGACUCGUGUUGUAGAUGCUGUGGGAAAGUUGGUGAUGCCCGGUGGUAUAGAUACUCAUACUCAUAUGCAACUACCAUUUAUGGGAACAUUUGCAGUAGAUGAUUUCUAUAUUGGUACAAAAGCUGCAAUUGCCGGUGGUACGACGAUGAUCUUGGAUUUCGUGCUUGAUCAGAAAGGCGUGUCACUGCUUGAAGCUUAUGAUAAGUGGAGGGGUUGGGCAGAUGCUAAGGUUUGCUGCGACUAUUCUCUACAUAUGGCUGUCACAUGGUGGAGCCCACAGGUAAAAUUAGAAAUGGCUGAAAUCGCUAAGAACAGAGGAAUCAAUUCAUUUAAAAUGUUCAUGGCAUACAAGGAUGUUUUUAUGCUCGAUGAUACCGAUCUUUACGAAGUUUAUAAGAACUGUCGAGAAAUUGGAGCGCUUGCAAUGAUGCAUGCUGAGAAUGGUCAUGUUAUUGAUAAUGAGCAAAAGAGGAUGUUGGAGCUUGGAAUCACUGGACCUGAAGGACAUGCGAUGUGUCGUCCUGAAGAGGUGGAAGCUGAAGCGACGGGAAGGGCGAUAAUGAUCGCUAAUCAGUUGAAUUGUCCGAUGUACAUUGUUCAUGUUAUGAGCAAAUCAUCGGCAAAUGUGAUCGUUGAAGCACGAAAACGUGGGAACGUAGUGUUUGGUGAACCAAUUGCGGCAAGUCUUGGAACAGAUGGGACAAAUUAUUGGCACAAAUGUUGGCGUCAUGCUGCUGCUCAUGUGAUGGGUCCACCAUUAAGGCCCGAUAUAACAACACCAGCAUAUCUGAUGGAUCUUCUUGCUAAUGGUGAUAUGGAAUGCACAGGAACUGAUAAUUGUACAUUUAAUGCAUCACAAAAAGCUCUUGGUAAAGAUAACUUUGCUAAAAUACCAAAUGGUGUGAAUGGUGUUGAGGAUAGAAUGUCAGUUAUUUGGGAGAAAGGAGUGGCUUCCGGUAAGAUGGAUGAAAAUCGUUUCGUUGCUGUAACGAGCACAAAUGCUGCCAAAGUUUUCAACCUGUAUCCUCGGAAAGGAGUCAUAGCACCCGGUUCCGAUGCUGAUAUCAUAAUAUGGGAUGCAGAAGCUACAAGAACUAUCUCUGCGAAAACUCACCACCAAGCAGUUGAUUUCAACAUCUUUGAAGGCAUGGUUUGCCAUGGUGUCAAUGUGUGCACAAUAAGUCGAGGAAAGGUUGUUUAUGAAGAUGGAAAAUUCACAGUGUCUGCUGGAGAUGGAAAGUUUAUUCCACGUUCUCCAUUCUGCAAAUAUGUUUACAAUCGGAUAAACAAGAGAAUGGAAGAUUAUAAUCCAUCCAAGGUGGAAAGGGAGCCAUAUGAUGGACCAGUUUAUCAAAUUAAUAAGAAUGGUUCCGAAUCUCAGUCGCCUUCAGUGCGUAAUAUGCACCACACAACUUCCAUCAAUACAGCAGGUCAACAUGUCAAUACUUCCCCCAUAUCCCCAACAACAUCAACCAAGGUGUUGGCUCCACCUGGAGGCCGGUCACAAAUUAUAUUCUAAAAGGAAUUGGCAAUUAUGGUUGUGUAGUAUAGACAUAGUUAGGUGCCUUAAAUAUCUAUUAGUGUAAUCAUGUAGUAGGGCCAUACAGUUAAAACCCAAUCAUUCAUCAAUAAGGUUUUUUUCAACAUGAAUCAAAAUGUGUGCAAUGUUUAUUGUAUUUUGUGCAAUGUAAUUUUUAUUGCAUCAUCAUUAUGUUAUAUUGUAUAUGUUUAAUCACAUCGUAUUCAAGGGAUUGGUAAUAAAAACUGUUCAUAUUACGUUG